AUGCAAAUGCGCCGUGACGUUGACGGAAGCCAGCCGCUACGUCUCUUCUUCCGACAGAUAUUCGUUAAAGGCGUAUUUAAAGCCCUGGCUUCGGUUGGAGCAGCAGUGGAGGAUCUAUGCAACAAAAACAAAGCUGCCGCAGAGCCGAGCGACAGUCCGAGCCCGGAGCGGACACGAACACGGAGCCAGCGGGUGAUAGGACCCGGCGAGACACAGGGCUUAAGAUUGCUGCCUGGACCAAAGAAGGGCGUCUCAGAGACAUUUAUGAAGCUUUCACAGUCUAUUGAUUGAUCGAUGGGGAUUCUCACAGGAGCUCCGCCCACCGUCGCUGCCCGCCCUCCUCCCCCCUCCCACAGCUGCUUGUCGUUUGCCCCCAGCCACACCAUCAUCCAGCCCUCCAUCCAGCCCCCUAGACACAAAAUGACUCUGGAACUCACUGAAUGGUCUUCUAUAUGGAUUUUUAUUGCUUGUAAUAAUAGACAGUAAAAAGGAAAAAAAAUUGGGAGAAACCUCAAUGACAAAAAAGCCAUAAACACCCCACACUCACACACACACUCAUACACAUGCAAAACACAGUACCGAUAAACCAAAUAAACACAAAUGCACAAAGUCGCUCUAGGAAUGUACCACCCACUCUUCCUGUGGAAAUCUUACUUAAUAUUUUUGAGAUUUUUGUGAGCCUUUGGAAAGCUGAUUUACUUUGUUUUAACUGUGGCUGGAAAACAAGAAGGAUUUCAUUUUCUUGGAGGACGAAUUAUUGCUAUUUUUCUUUUCCAGCGUUUUAUUAUUUGGUCAUUAGAAGUUCUGUAAAAUUAAAUCUGUUGAUUGCAGUUUCUUCAGCAUUCAUGUAGUGUUUAUGGAUAAUGUAAAUUUAACAAGAAUUAAUUUUACUGCCUUGUUUUUAAAUCCUAAUUCUACUCUUUUUGAACACUGAAGUUAAAUAUAGAAUAAUAGCCAGCCAGUUCUGUGCACUGGUCACGGAUCGUAGCUUGAUAGGGUUUUAAUGAAGUCACGGCUAGUUUUAAAGUAGCAUCAAGUCACUUGAAACAAAAGUGUUUUUUUUUUAUUUAAUUUAAUUUUUUUUUACACAGUUGCACAUUCUGAGCUUUUUGUGUUCAUAGGGGAGUGCUUGUUUUUUUGUUGCUUGCAUGCCAUCCACUAUGCCUCCCCAGAACACAGAGGCUGACACUAUGCAGGUCGGAUCUCUGGUCCGCGGCACUGCCGCCCAAAAAUCUACGGGAUCAGGUGCAGAAGAGGAGAAAAGUGGAGUGGGCGGAGAAGCGGAUGGAUUGGGGAGCGGAGGAGGCGGUCGAGGAGGGGAGGAGUCGGCGAGCGAAGGAUCCAUACAGGGGAUCCCCUUGAAGAAAUGGGUGAUGCAUGGCGCUGUGAUGUUUGGCCGGGAGUUUUGCUACGCCAUGGAAACGGCAUUGGUGAUGCCCGUGCUGCUGCAGAUAGGUCUUCCAGAGCAGUACUACAGUCUGACGUGGUUCCUCAGUCCGGUACUCGGUCUCAUGUUCACCCCUCUGAUUGGCUCGGCCAGCGACCGCUGCACUCUGCGCUGGGGCAGGAGGAGGCCCUUCAUCCUGGCUCUCUGCAUCGGGACGCUGAUCGGGGUGGCGCUGUUCCUGAACGGGUCUCUGAUAGGUUUGUCUCUAGGUGACGAGCAAGGGAGACAACCAAUAGGAAUCGUCCUUACCGUGCUGGGUGUUGUAGUGCUGGACUUCUGUGCAGAUGCCUCAGAGGGACCGAUCAGAGCGUACCUCCUGGACGUAGCGGACACAGAAGAACAAGACAUGGCACUCAAUAUCCACGCUGCGUCUGCAGGCCUCGGAGGUGCAGUCGGCUAUGCUCUUGGUGGUUUGGACUGGACACACACCUUUCUUGGAGCGAUCUUCAAGUCCCAGGAGCAGAUCUUGUUCAUCUUUGCUGCCAUCCUUUUCUCCAUCUCUGUGGUGCUUCAUCUCCUCAGCAUAGAGGAACAGCAAUAUUCUACACAAGCCGACAGGCUGGACCAGGAGAGUCCUAAUCCGAGCCACCUGCAGCCAUCAGCCAACGGCCGGGCUGGGCUUCUAGCCCCCAGACUGGAAAUGAUUGGAGAGGAUGAUACCAUAGAAACUUAUGACCUCUAUGAUUCAUAUGGAGAUGGACAUUCAGAGCAAGGAGACAUGGACAUGGACUUCCUGGAGGUGGAGCUUGUGAGAAGUAAGAGUGACAGCGUUCUCGCCAUGGCGGACGCAACUCUGGACCACAUGGACCACGACGCCUUGUUCUUGUGCCACCUAGAGCCGUCCAUCUUCGCUGAGAACCUCUCGCCCUAUCACGGCUCACCCUCCAGGACCGGAUCCUUCUUCAACCCGCAUCACAGCAGCUCCCGUCCGCACCUCGCCAGCAUCAGGCGCAGCAGCAGCACAGGAAGUGAAGACUUACUCCGCCCCAACAACACCAGCCAUCAAACACACAAUCCCACUCCCAGGAUUUCCCGCCUCUCAGCAUUCUUACAGGAAAUGGAGAAUGAUGAUGGACAGGAGGCGCUGCUGAACAACCAACUCAGUGAGCAGCGCACUCUGAACGGUCGCCUGUUAGCCAGCGUGACCAAUGCCGACAGAGGAAGCUCCGACAGGCUGAGCUCUAAAGGACGGGCGCAUCGGGCUGGGAUGGUAAAAGCUGCUAGCACCGGCGCUCCCAUGCGUCAAUCUCGCCAUUGGCACACCUUCUACCGCCAGCCGUCCUGCACCUUCUCCUACUACGGGCGCGUAGGAAGCCAUCGUUACCGCUACCGCCGAGCCAACGCCGCCUUCCUCAUCAAGCCGUCUCGCAGCAUGAACGACCUGUAUGAAGUGGAGGCCCGACACAAGAGGAGGAACAGGCAGAGGAAGCGGCACCGCAGUGAGAACACAAACUCCUCCAGCGGUGACACGGAGAGCGAGGAGGGCGAGGUUGAGACCACCGUCCGUCUGCUGUGGCUCUCCAUGCUGAAAAUGCCUCCGGAGCUGCUGCGUCUGUGUGCCUGCCACCUGCUCACCUGGUUCUCCAUCAUCGCACAAGCCGUCUUCUUCACCGACUUCAUGGGACAAGUCAUCUACCUUGGAGAUCCUACCGCGAUUACGAACUCAACAUCAUUGGACAAUUAUCACAAAGGGGUUCAAAUGGGAUGCUGGGGAUUGGUGAUUUAUGCCAUGACUGCUGCUACAUGCUCUGCUAUUCUUCAGAAAUACCUUGAUAACUUUGACCUCAGCAUCAAGGUCAUCUACAUCCUGGGAACGCUGGGCUUCGCGAUAGGAACUGCUGUUAUGGCCAUCUUCCCUAAUGUGUACGUCGCCAUGGUGAUGAUCAGCAGCAUGGGUGUCAUCUCGAUGAGCAUCUCCUACUGUCCCUAUGCUCUGCUCGGACAAUAUCACGAAAUGAAAGAGUACAUCCAACACAGCCCUGGUAACUCCCGCAGAGGCUUCGGCAUCGACUGUGCCAUCUUAUCCUGCCAGGUGUACAUCAGUCAGAUACUGGUGGCCUCAGCUCUGGGCGCUGUAGUGGAAGCUGUUGGCACCGUUCGUGUCAUUCCCAUUGUGGCCUCUGGGGGCUCUCUUCUUGGAUUCUUCACCGCCUGCUUCCUGGUCAUUUAUCCCAGUCCAAACAACGGAGAUGGGGACUCCACCAAAGCUUCAGAGAAACAGGCCUUGACGACACUAGAAAGUCUCAACAGCACCGAAGGCGCUGUUACCGUGGCGAUUGAAAAACCAAGCUUCCUGAAGAUCACCAAGGAGGGCAAGACAGCCACAAGCACUUCCUGUCAACUGGAGAACGAGUCCGCUCUGUGAUCGGGUCUCUGAGUUGCUGCAGAAACAACGGAUCUGACCACACCAACUCAUCCAACAAAAAUCACGCUGGUCGUAGAGCUUUCUUUGAGCCGAGAGCUCAAAGCUCUUCCUUCUCCUAGCCCUCAUGGACAGUUGAUCAAUCCGCCAGGAAGGGGUCACGCAUUCUAAAAAUCAUAAGGGUCUCUCAGGGCUUCUGCGCAGCUGCAUGGAGAUUAAAACUUCAGGGGACUUUGGUACACACCCCCACACACACACACACAUACUCACACCUCAUCUGGGUCAAUCACAUGAACACCUGAAUUACAAACACUGCUGAUGAACAUUAAUCCUUCAAGCUACAAUCAUUUAAACAAGCUGAAAAUCGUUCUUCCUCACCCUGGAGUUGACUUGAUGAACCUUUUCUUCUUCACGCUGAAGCUGAUGGACGCGUUUGUCUCCAGCUGAGCUGCUGUGCUCACCUCACCAAAACAACCAACGAGCUCAGCUCUGCGGGACUUUUACCGCUCGCCGCUGCAGUGGCUUUAAGACUCAAAGACUUUUGGAGGAACCCGGGGAAAUGUCUGUGCCCCAAGCUGAUUGUAAAUAUUUGACUUUGGCCCUCUUCCACCUGGCAGGAGUGCUCAAAACUUUAAUCUGUAUUGCAUGACGUGACAUCAUAUGAUCUGCUGAGAUGUGCAUCGGGUGAAACUCUCAAAAAGAGCUAGUUGCAAUCUCUGCAGAAAAUGGGGGCAUUAAAAUCCCAAAUAUAGUUUGAUUGGUGAUUCAGAAAGACGUUUGUUUGUUUUGAUGAAUCCUAACUAGAUGCUGCAUGUCGGGCGAAGCAGAGAGGACACAAACCAAACUUGUUUUGCUUUUUGACGAUGCUGUUGGGACGACGUUCGUCCUAAACGGCACAUCGGCCGAGUCGCUGUUGGAAAAGUGUGUCGCGUUCAGGAGGUUGAGCCGCCUUUCAUUUGUCUUUGGAGGAUUCCAGCAGGGUGGAGCUACUGGGCCCAGUUUUGGAUUGUACCUUUUUUUUUUUUUUUUUUUUUUUUUUUUUUUUUUUUUUUGCAACAAUGGGCCAAAAUUUGUAAUCUGGAAAGAUUGAGCAACUAAUAGAGUAUUUCUCAGAUAUCAAAAUAGUUUUUGUGAAGCAGAAGUUUUUAAUACGGGUUUGAAAAUUCACUUUUCAACUUAACCCGGUCUGAGUCGGGCUGCGAAUGUCGACAGAUCACCAAAUGUGGGCCGGUGAAGGCCGCCGGCUCGGUUUAAGCUGCGAGCGCCUAGAGGGGGGUCCGUUUGGGCCAGAUAUUGGCAAACGUCGCCAUGUUUGGGUUGAUUGUGAGUUGUGACUCGAGAAGUCGGCCUGGUUUUGGUUUCAGAACCUCAGGAGUUGACCCCACAAACGAUGCUGCAAGUCUACAAUGAGAGGAUUAAGAAUUAAGCAACCGAGGAACAAGGAAGUGAAAAGGCUGAGUUUAACGAUACUUAAACCCAAAAGUUAGAUCCCCUUGGGUGAGGUUUUGGUCGUCCCUGUAACCACAAACGCAAUAAAUAGUCGAGACACCUUCAGUUAAAGGACAAACGUUAUUUUGAAAGAAGGUUUUGGAAUGAAUGCAUGAAACAACAGCAAUAUGCAUGUGUGGAACACCAAAGUGUGACUCGGGCUCUUCUCCUUGUUGUCCCAGCAGGUCAGGGAUGGAUUUCUAACGCAUGUCUCUUUUAUUUUUCAUUUUGGGACUUUAAAACAUGUCUUUAAGCUGAAGCUUUGUGCUCGAAUCUGGGUCAGUACGCUUUAACGAAGCAUGUGAGUUACUUCCCUUUUUCUUUUUUUUUCUUUUUUUUGCACAGACAGCAUUUAUCCCUCUCGACACUCUCGUGGACAGAAGCAGCAGACUUGAGCGAAGUCUCACUCGAACCAGAAAACCGCUGGCUGCAAGUACUUGAAGACAACUCGGGUUUGUUUUAGUGCCGAAACAGUUUUUUGUUCAUAGCGUCCUGAGCCUUUUAAACCUGAAUGUUCAGAAACGCCGCGUGCUGCUCCGUGAUUCUUAAAUCUUUUGAUUCCAUCUCGUGACCUAAAAUGUUAAAAUGUCAAUGAAUGUGAGUUGAUUUCAGCGGAAAUCAUCCUUAUUUUGAUGUUUGACGAGCCAGGACGAGCCUCCUGACUUUGCACAGACCUUGCACAUGAAAAGCUUAAGAGUGACUUAUGUUGCAGAAAGGAAGAAAGAAACUGGAUAUUUAUUUUUUGGAGCUUUUGUGUCUGUAGAGGACACCGUUCAUUUUUCUAUUUGCUGUUAUGGGAGAUGUUACUGAAGUCCAUGUGUGUGUGAGCGUAAACGAGGCGUGAGGAAAAAAGUGAAGUCAUCUCAGUGUUUUCUGUUUGUUUGGUUUUCACGUAACUCUGGAAAAACCUCGGCUGCAAUACUGAAAGUUGUUGUGUAGAAAAAAGCCUCAUCUUUUUUUUUUGUUGUUCUCAUUCUUUAAAUUUCUAGACUUGCGAGAGUUUGGUCUUUGCACUUUUUCUGUGGCCGCCAUGUUGGAUUUAUGCGGAAACGCCUUUUAUUGUUGGUGGAGGCAAGAUGGCGGCCAUGCAGUUAGUCCAACCGAUCUAACCUCUGUGGUUCUGCCUCUAGUGCAUUGUGUGCUAAUGAAGGAGUGUGUGUGUGUGUGUGUGUGUGUGUGUGUGUGUGUGUGUGUGUGUGUGUGUGUGUACUCACACUUUGAUUUUUAUAGAGAUUACAUCAAGAAGAAUACUUAAAGAAUGGGAAAUAAAAAAUAUAUACACAGUGUAUUAUAUAAAUAUAUAUAUUAUGCCUUGUUAUUUGAAAACAGAUGUACAUAUACAUAUAUAGUUUCUCCUGUUUUGCUGCUAUGAAAAGAUGAUUAUUUUUGUUAGUAGUUUUGUUUUCUAUCAGAAGUCUGUACACUUCUCUCUGUUACAUAAAUAUGCUCGAGCCUUCACUAGCAGGACUCUGGAUGAACACUGUAUGGAACGCACCUUUAAAACCUGUUCAGAAGUAAAGAGGAAAAGAAAACUGUG